ACAGCAGCAGCUUGACGCAAUCAACACUACAACAACAAUUAAACAUGAGCCAAAUGUUCGGAAUCUGUCUCAUUCUCAGCCUGGGACUGUUGGGCGUUUAUGCCGCUGCAUUGCCACAGCAGCCGCAUGUCCAGCGUCUGGUCUACUAUCCCCCACCGCCGACUCCUGCACCGAUUUUGCGUGCACGUCGCCAGGUGCUAGGCGGUUCGCUGGUUUCAAAUCCCGCUGGCGGCGCCGAUGCACGCCUGGAUCUAAGCAAGGCCAUAGGCACGCCGGAGCACAAUGUAAUCGGACAGGUAUUUGCCGCGGGCAACACACAAACCGGCGGACCCGUCACCAAGCCCGUGACAAGCGGCGCCUCCUUGGCCUACAACAACAACGGCCUCGGCUUGGACCUGACCAAGACCCACACGCCCGGCGUGCGUGACAGCUUCCAGCAGACGGCCACAGCGAAUCUAUUCAACAAUGGCGUUCACAAUUUGGACGCGAAGGCUUUCGCCUCCCAGAACCAAUUGGCCAAUGGCCUUAAGUUCGAACGCAAUGGCGCUGGCCUGGACUACUCGCACAUCAGUGGACAUGGCGCCAGUCUGACGCACAGCAACAUUCCCGGCUUGGGCAAGCAGCUGGAGCUGGGCGGACGCGCGAAUCUCUGGCAGUCGCAGGACCGCAGCACACGCCUCGAUCUCAGCAGCACAUCUUCCAAGUGGAUGAGCGGACCGCUGAGCGGCCAAAAAGACUUUGGAGCCAACCUGGGUCUCUCGCAUUACUUUGGCUAGGCAGAGCUGAUGGGAAUUCGUUAGAU